CCCCCGACGAGGAAAAUUAACAAAAAACACCUUCGAUUUUACCAUCUUUCUUUCUUUAGACUUUAGAGAACUGAUGAUGAUGGGGGUCUCAUCACCCUCUCCCUUUUCCCAAAUCCCCCAAACCUUUAAUAAAACUACCCAUUUUCAUCAUUAUUUUCCUAUUUCUACCCUCCCCUCUAAUUCCAACCUUAAAACCCUAAAGAAGUUUAAUCAGAGGAGUGCAGUACAGUGUAGCAGCAGUAAUGGCAGACCUGGCCCCGGUUCAGGUGAAAAUGACAGCAAAGUUGUUUUGGAUGCAUUUUUCUUGGGCAAGGCUUUUGCAGAAGCAUUGAAUGAAAGAAUAGGGUCUACCGUGGGGGAAAUCUUAAGUGUGCUUGGUCAAUGGCAGGCUGAGCAGCAAAAACAGGUGCAAGAUUUUCAGGAGGAAGUAUUAGGGAGAGCUCAAAGAGCCAAAGAGAAAGCAGCACUUGAGGCCAUCGAGAGUCGAGGCCUCAUUCCAAAGUCGUUACCAAAACCUCCGACUUCCACAACGCCGAUUACUCCUUCCUCCUCCACAGGUCCUACGACUAAUGACCCUCUUCAAGAGACACAGAAGGACUAGCUUAGUUGAAUAACUUUGUAUUGUGAUACAAACCACUGUACUUAGUGUUAUCUUUAAAAGUAACACUGUUUGCACACUUGUCCUUGAUAUAUGUGCAUUAGUAUGUAUAUAGUUCUCUCUCAAAACUAUUAACAUAUGAGAACUUUGUACCUAUGUUGAGAAUUUAAACUGCAUAUAAUGAAAGUUAAGAGGUUAACUCACGGAAUGUUAGCUUA